AUGGUUGCCGAGCAUCUCACCAUCCGCAACAACACCAGCACUCCUAUCAUCCUCAAGCGCAUAGAGCGCUUCGAGGCACCGAAGGAGAAAAGGGGUGAUGAUAUCGCCACACUGGCCAUGAACUUCACUCGAGUUCUCACCAAUACCACUCGUGCCACGGAGCCAGUCAAGGCCAUUCUUCCGGACUCUCGUCCCUUCGACGAGCAGAAAGGCGUGGAUAUUCAUAUUGAACCUUUCACGACGAAGAAAACUGAACGAAAGGCGUUUAUCCACUCUGACAAGGAACGUAUGCGACUCACCUUUGAGGUUGAGGGCGAACGGCACUCGAUCCAAACUCCUGUGCCGACCACUGAGUCGGCGACCAUGAAUUGCGAGUCUGAGCACCCCAAACACCGCCUCACAGGCAUCUAUGUGACGCCCGAGUCGCAUCUCGCGAUCUUCUCGUCGGCGAACCUCAAUUCCUGGAUGGGUGAAUUGCGCGAUGGCACCCUGCUCUCGGCCCUGUCCAUCCCCGGCACGCAUAACUCGCCCACAUGCCUCAUCGCGCCGCCGUCGGUUCGCUGUCAGGCCGUCAGUCCUCGCGAACAGCUGAGGAAUGGAGUGCGGUUCUUCGACAUCCGAGUCCAACCUCAGUACCCCGACGACCCAAACAAGGAUGAAUUGAUCCUUGUCCACAGUGUCUUCCCCAUCUCGCUCACGGGCAAUAAAUAUUUCCGCGAUCUUAUGAAGGAAGUCAACGAUUUCCUUGAGCACAAUCCAUCCGAGACCCUAAUCAUCUCGCUCAAGCGCGAAGGCCCCGGUAAUGCCAAGGAUGAGCAGCUCGCUCACAUCUUGUCCCGUCACUACGCCCGUCCCGACAGCCGCUGGUGGGUACGGCCCAAGACUCCCACCCUGGGUGAGGCUCGGGGUAAAGUAGUCCUCAUACGCCGGUUCAACCUUCCCGACGACCUGAAGAAAGAACAUGGUGGUAACGGCUGGGGCAUCGAUGCUGCUGCAUGGGCGGAUAAUACCCCCAAUGCCACUUGCCCCAGUGGCCAGCUAUGCAUCCAGGACUUCUACGAGGUUCAGGAAACAACCAACAUUGAGAAGAAGAUCCAGUUCGUCAAGGAGCAAAUUGACCGUGCGAGUAAAGCUCGGUAUCCGUUUGGCGUGCUACCCGGACCACAGGAGGCUCGGCAAUAUCCCUUCUUUAUCAACUUCCUCAGCGCAAGCAAUUUCUGGAAAACCAAUACCUGGCCUGAGAAAAUUGCAGCCAAGGUAAACCCUGCCAUCGUUGACUAUAUUUGCCGACGGCAGAAAAAUGACGAUGGCGAUUGCUCAACCGGUAUUCUGGUGACUGACUGGGUUGGUUUGGAUGGGGAUUGGGAUCUUGUGCGCUGCAUUGUUGGCAUGAACGCCAAGCUGCAGUUGAGACAGAAUUAG